AUGGUGUGUGUGUUCACCUCUGAGACUGAAGCCUAUCAGCUUGUGGAUGAUGACCUGGGCCGGCUGGUCCAAUGGACCUUAGGCCACCCGCAGGAGCUGUGGGAGGUCAGAUUUGUUUUUACCCACGUGUGCGGGCCCAAUGGUGGCACAGUCCUUGGACUGGGAUUCGGAACUUCUGAUGUGCGGCUAGAGGAGGUGGACAUUCUUGAAUGUGAGAGCCUGGCCGUGUGCGACGCCUAUGAUGGCGAGAUCAACGUGCUGGGCCAACAAAUCAACAAGGAGUCCUUGGAUCUUUGUGAGCCCAGCUCUGGUGCCUGCGAGGAAGAGUCCAUCACUGCCGGACGCUUGAGAGGGUCUGCUCAGAUUCUCGGUGGACUCCCGGAGAUGUCGCCGGGGAGCCCAGCCUCGCCCUUGUGCCCAGACAACACGAGGUAUGCAAUUUUCCAUGGCAUUGGCGGCAACGUCAAGAUGGGUUCCGCGCCCAUGGAACGGCGUGUGCUGUCCCACAUUACGCCAGUGCGGCUGCGCGCCAAAGUGGUUCACGGCUUUGGGCGGGGCAGCAAGCAGUUGGGCUUCCCCACAGCGAAUCUGCAGAUCCGCUGCUCGGAAUCAGAGCGUUGGGAUGCCGAGCUGGGUACUCUCAGUGAGGAGGAGCGCGCUGUGCGGACCUUUGCUGAGAGCCACCGAACCGGGAUUUACUGUGCGCUGGGCAGCAUCGAAGAGAUGCCAGGCGUGCACAAGGUGGCCAUGAGCAUGGGAUGGAAUCCCACCUUCGACGAUGUGAAGGCGAAGACCAUCGAGCCAUGGAUCCUGCAUCGCUUUGACCAGGACUUCUAUGGGUGCCACCUGCGCUUGCUGGUCUUGGCCUACGUCCGGCCUGAGCUGAAAUUCGAGUCGACAGACCAGCUGAAGCGAGAGAUCGCCUUAGACGGUGACUUCUGCCGCACCUCUUUGGAUCUACCAGACUUCGCCACUUUCCAGCUGGACCCAUUCCUGCAGGCACCCCCGAGCAUCGCCACCAGCGGGCCCUUGAAGGAGACUCUGCAGACCUUGCCGCCACCGGGGCCCGGCGUUGUGCGCCUCUUCCUGGCAAGGCAUGGGGAGACCGUCGCGAACGAACAGGGCAUUUUGUGUGGCGGCGAUCUGGACUCAGAGCUGAAUGCACUCGGUGAGAGGCAAGCGACGGAACUGGCGGAGGAGCUGAGCGCCGUGCUGGAAGCUCCGGCGCUGCUCGGCUCCUCGCCGCAGCGCCGCGCCGUGAGCUCCGCGGAGGCCUUGGCCUUGGCCUUCCCCGCCUCCCCGCGCCUGGUGGUGAAGGACCUCCAUGAGAUGCGCUACGGGGACUUGGAGGGCGCCCGGAUUCAAGACGUGCGCGCCGAGAUGGCAGCCUUGGCCCAGUCUUGGAAGCGUGGGGAUUUGGAGGAGCGCGUGGGCUCCAGCGGAGAGAGCCCCCAGGACGUGGCGCGGCGUGUGAUGGCGUCCCUCAGGAGCGUGCUGGCGCAAGCGUCAGGUGGCUCCGUGCUGCUGGUGUGCCACUCUUGGGUGAACAAGGCGCUGAUUGCCGCGGUCACCCCGGGGGGUUUACAGAGGCUCCUGGAGGUGCCGCAGAGGAACUGCGCACUGAACGUGGUGGAUUACGACGAGGGCGGCUUCCGGGUGUUGGCCGUGGAUCUGGUGCCGACUUCCAGGGCCAACCUUUGA